GCAAAUAAUUAAAGGCCACCAGUCCUUCUAAGUGCCAAGACAGGCAGCUCAGGUACCUUGGGAUCUACUGCAAUUUGUACAAGAAAAAAAAAAAAAAGUGUGGGUUUAGCACCAAAACUAGGUUUGGAGACACAACUUCCUGUAUGUGUCGAUAGAUGUCUAUGUACGACAAAACUGUAGAACAUUUAAUGAACAGUCAUAUCGAUGCUUUCAUCAUAUCAUUGCAUCCUAUUUAGUCGAUUCAUUGGAAGGGACCUCUGAAAGAUUGACUGCAGCGCAAUUUAGGUGACUCUUUAGGUGUUUAAUCACUGUUGAUCCCCUUCGUGCCAUGUUGCAGGGAUGCAGCUGCAGCCAGACAGCCCACAGUGGAUUACUCGGCCAUUAAUGACCACUGACUUGUCUCGGCCGUGAGCGCGCGCUCCGCGAGCCCCGGCCAUUGCUCUCCGCUCUGCAUGCGAAUCUCCAUGGUCGCUCCCUGGUUUCCGCUGCGCGCAGCCAUCCCUGCCCCCCUCCCCACGCCGCCGAUCAGUCGUCUUGCAGAGCAUGCACGUCUGCGCCCCCCGCCGCUGUAUCCUCCACUCCAGAAGAAAGUCGACGGAAAGACGUGUCUCUCUUUUAUUUAUUAGUAGUAGUGCUGUUCAUCUUGAUUUCCUUGCGCGCAGCUGCUUUUUGGCCACAUCGGGCACUGUCUCCGCCGCGGAAUGGAUUGCUCCGUCUGAUUCCAGCAAUCCGGUGACAUGUUGAACCGCAGGCUUCCAGCCUGCCACCUCCGUCAGUUCUCAGACAGCGCAAAGAAAAGUAUUCAGUGAACAAGUGCGUGCGGCAAGCACCCGGCGGCUCGAAUCGAGGAAUCGGAGGAGGGGUUUGGGAGGUAGGAGAAGAAAAAAAAAAAAGUUGGAAGUUGAAGAAAGGAGGAUUAUGCGGUGAGUGCCGCACAUUGCCGCGAACAGGUGACCGAAAUAUCAGCGGACUCUGUGGGGGGGGCACUUUAGGAGGCCUCUCUACCCCCUCCCCCGACGCUGACGCUUCCCUCCCUCGCUGCAGCGUUUACCCCAGAGGAUCGCCGUACUUAACCCAGCAUCAGCAUGGAUCUAAAAGACCGGAGUAAUCGCUCCCUCACCAGGAGCCGCUGCUCCAAAGACUCCCAGUACAACACCUCCUCGCUCGAUGCAGACGAGCGCCGCGUGCCCACCCAGAAGUCGUACAGCUCCAGCGAGACGCUGAAGGCCUUCGAUCAUGAGCAGAGGCUUCACUAUGGCGGCUGCGUGACAGAUUUGGUACACCACGAGUCUGAUGAGUACUCCAGGCAAGGCAUCCUGGAGUUCUCCCCUGUUCUUCUUCGAUAUCUUAUGUCAGGGGGUAACUUCACCCUCGCUGAGUUGGGAGUUUGUGAGCAAACUCCCCCGCCGCAUCCCGCUGCCGUUCCCUACUGUCCUGACCUGGGCCUUCUCCAGAGGGGCUACUCCCUCAGCGCCGGCUCAGACGCGGACUCGGACCCAGAGGGGCCUUUGUCUCCAGAGCGAGCCAUUCAGCUGUGGGCCGGGCGCGCAGGUGUGAAAUCUCGCCGCAGCUCGGGUGUGUCCAGCCGUGAGAACUCGGCCCUCACCCUCACUGACUCCGAGAAUGACAACAAGUCUGAUGACGAGUCAGUUUACCUUGAUGAUGAAGAGAAUGAGGAUCCAUUUGGAGACUAUGUGAUCAGUAAGUUGCAUCUGACUGUAGAUUCCCCUUUUGAUUCCUCAAACCUUUUUAGAUCCGUUUGUCAUCUGUAUGGGAUUGUACUUUGUGUUGUGUGUCCCUUUCAUGUGCUUCCCUGUGAGUAUUUAUCUAUCUUGUCUGUUCCUGCCAGUAAAAAAAAUAAAUUAAAAAAAAAAAACUUAUUGCAACCAUUGUAAAAGUUAGUAGCUGACUGGUUUUAAAACUUGCAGGUCAUGUUGGACAUCGACGGCUUUCCGUUAAUCUGAGGUCUCAGUGUGUUAUGAGUGACGUACCUUUAUGACAGUCAGUUUUGAUCAGACCCAAAGUUUAUAU